AUGGACAAGCGCACCGUGGGAUGCCUUGGCGGAGGCCAGCUAGGCCGAAUGAUGGUCUAUGCGGGUCAUCGCCUUGGAGUGAAGAUGUGCGUCUUGGACCCGCUUGGGGAGAAGUCGCCUGCCGGACAGGUGUCCGAAAUGUCGGUGAAAGGCAGCUUCCAGGAUGCCGACUCGGUCCGAGAGUUGGCCAAGAAGUGUGACAUCCUCACUUUGGAGGUGGAGCACGUCAAUGCGGAGGUGCUCGAGGAGCUUCACCAGGCAGGCGUCCCCGUUCAGCCACUUCCCUUCGUGGUGAAGCUGAUCCAGGACAAGUACGUCCAGAAGGUCCACCUUCAAAAGCAUGGUGUGCCUUUGCCCGACUUCGAAAAGGUGGAGUCUGAAGCUGACUUGCAUAGCAUCGGCGAGCGAUUCGGCUACCCCAUGAUGCUGAAGAGCCGAUACGGUGCCUACGACGGCAAGGGCAAUGCUGUCGUGCCUAAUGCACAGGGCAUUACGGCGGCCUUCGAGAAGCUUGGCGGCAAGGCCGGCAAGAAGUUGUACGUGGAGAAGUGGGCUCCAUUCAAGAUGGAGCUGGCGGUGAUGGUUGCCCGGGGCGUGGACGAGACCAUGAACGUUACCAUGCGCACCUACCCAGUGGUGCAUACUGUGCAGCGCGACAGCGUUUGCUUCACCUGCCUCACACCACCGGUGGGAGUCACGCAGAAGCAGCAGGAGCUAGCCCAGCAGGUUGCCACCGACGCCAUCAAGAGCUUCGGUGACGCUCGGGGUAUCUUCGGCGUGGAGAUGUUCCUCCUCCACGAUGGGUCCGUGCUCCUGAAUGAGAUCGCUCCACGACCGCAUAAUACUGGCCACUACACCAUCGAAGCUUGUGGUGUGGAUCAGUUCGAGCAGCACCUGCGUUGUGUGCUCGGCCUCCCUUUGGGUGACUGCCAGCUCCGAGUCGGUGGUGCCAUGAUGGUGAACAUCCUUGGACAGGGUGAAACGCCAGAGAUGGUGACGAAGACCAUGGCUCCACUCCGACGUGCUCUUUUGGUGCCGGAUGCUGGUAUCCACUGGUACGGCAAGGAGGGCUGCGUCAAAGGCCGGAAGAUGGGUCACAUCACUGUGACCGGCUUUACCCCAGCCGCUGCAUUAGAAGAAAUUCGCCCUGUCCUGACAGCCGUGGAUGGUGAUGACGCCGCCAACAAGCACGAUGUUCCGACCAAGCCUUCACCUAGCGUUGGGAUCAUCAUGGGCAGCGACAGUGACCUUCCCACAAUGAAGGAUGCAGCUCAGGUGCUCGACGACUUCGGCAUCCCUUACGAAAUCAGUGUUGUCUCCGCUCAUCGUACACCGGAGUACAUGUAUGAGUACGCAACCACUGCAGAGGCCCGAGGAAUUAAUGUGAUCAUCGCAGGGGCCGGCGGUGCGGCGCACCUCCCCGGCAUGGUGGCAGCACUGACGCCCUUGCCAGUGAUUGGUGUUCCCGUGAAGUCCUCUACUUUGAGCGGCAAUGACUCGCUUUUGUCCAUCGUGCAGAUGCCGAAAGGCAUCCCCGUGGCCACAGUGGCCAUCGGCAACGCGGCCAACGCUGGGCUUCUCGCCGUUCGCAUCCUGGGGGCCGCCAACCCGGGACAGAGACAGAAGAUGGCCAAAUAUAUGGCCGCCGAAGCCGCGACCGUGGAGAAGAAACGCCGACGACUAGAGCAAGAUGGCUGGCAAGCAUACCUUGCUGUUGCCAAUGGCAACCUUAAUGGCAAGGCGUGA